AUGAGCUCGGCGCUGCCUGACCAGAACAUCGAAAUCAACGUCCACCCCAGCACUUGGCACCAUGUGUUCCAGCCCGAGCAUUGGUUUGACUUCGAUUCGCCUGUCGACCCCCGCGAUCCGACGCGCAUAUGGAGCAUCGACAACGACGACGUCGCCGCGGAGCUCAACGUGUGCAUUGACAUUGCGAAUCGCAUCUUCAGCCACAGAAUACCCCCCGAGAACCCGAACUCGCAGCCAUGCCGCAUCCACCCCUUGCGCCCCGAUGGCGCCCCCUUGUCCGAGGCCGAGACCUACGAGAUCGACAAGGCGAGGCUAGAGCUGGCCAGCUACAUCGUCUGGGCCUUUGUCGACCAGGAUGACACGGAGGGCUACGGCACGUGGGACCAGUGCAGCAGAGACUCCGACGCCUACACGUGCCCCGUCUCACCAGAUACAGGGCAAGGGCAGUUUGUGUGCAUUUAUCUCAGCACCCGCACGCUGGCUUCGUUGAUAUACGGGACGCGGUUCGAAGAGGGGACGCGGUUCGAAGAGGGGACGCGGUUCGAAGAGGGGACGCGGUUCGAAGAGGGGACGCGGUUCGAAGAAGGGACGCGGUUCGAAGAGGGGACGCGGUUCGAAGAGGAGACGCCUGGCGUCAGGGCCGAACGCUGCACUGGGCAGAUGCAGCUUGCUGUGGCGAUGAUUCAUGAGCUUGCUUUCUUUGACCAGGAGUGGGCGGCCGAGCUGGGGUACUCGCUCGAGAACGCCAUCCUCGGCGGUGUGUUCCGGACGCACCCCAACCCGGCCGGCAGCGAGUUCGGCGCGCCGCGGCACACGCGGCUGCGGCGCCAGUACCUGGCCAGCCUGACCGAGUUUCCGCACGACGUGCUGUUCUGGCGCUCGCCGGGCACCAUCAACCAUCACCAGCACUACGCCAGCCCCAUGACCUCAAAUGUCGCCCGCUUCGGCGUCCAGUCGCUCCGGCUGCCCAAGUACAUCCGGACUGACGUCUUCGUGCUCGACGAGAUGAGCCGCGCCUUCUCGUUUAAGAUGAACCCGAGCGACGAGACGGAGGGCGAGUCGUACGCCCGCGGGGGCGCUGACAACCUGGUUCGAAAGCUUAUUGACAAUUUACGGGAACGGGAUCGGAUACAUAGGGGAAUUCGGCCCUGGUAUAACAGCGCUUACGAGGACUGGCAACUAUCGCCCUAUGCCGUGGCCGACCUCCGUGGCUCCGUCGAGGUCUUUGGCCGGGCCGUGCGCGAGCGGGACCUCAAACUCGCGUCGGCCAGUUUCCGCGAGUACGAGAACCGGCUAUUCUCACUCUCGAUAUUUGGCGGCGACGUCGCACGGUCCGCCCAGUACCUUUUACACGCCCUCUGGAAGCUGAUGAUGGUCAUGCUACCCCACGUGCCGGUGCCAGGUCCUCUGUGCCACGCCGCGGCCCGCCACUACACGGGCCGGCUCGACUGGCGCUUCAAUUUCCCGCCGUACGAGACGCGGCGCUACGUCGGCUUGCCGCACACGCUCCGUGAUAGCGGCUCGCGGCGCGAGAGCGUCGAGACCGCGCGCAUUCUUGAUCUAGCGAGCUUCUGGGCUAGCCCUGAACCUAGCCCUACGCGGACUUGCCGUAACGAGGCCGCCCGGCUCAUGCCCGAGAGGAAUUUUGUGAGGCAGAGCAAUGCUGCUCCUGAGCCUGCUGGGACGUUGCACGAAGAUGUUGGCGGCCAUGUCGGCGGCCAUGUCAUGAGGAUGGCGGUCGUGGGCAAGUUGUACCAGCCGCACCUGCUCGGUGGGAGGGAAGGCAAGAGGCGGCGGGCAAGCAUCAUCAACAGACCGAUUCGGCAUUGGACGGCUGGCGAGGUUGGCGACCACUCCUCGGACGGCGACCGGUGGGUGCUUGUUAAUGACGGCCUGGCGGGGUUUGACGUGUACGACGCCAGCGGGGCUGACGUGUUUGACGUGGCAGACUUCCCCUUCUCUGACACCGACGAACGCUAUAUCUUCCGCUCUGCGCCGUGCGGAGACGUCAUCGCGGCCUUAAACCAGCUCGCGUUUACCAUGCGCACUAUUCGCAUGCACAUCUUUCCCGAGACGGGUCUGUAUACGGUCGAGGGGGCCGUGUAUGAUUUGAGUGAGUAUGCCGACGCACAUCCCGGUGGCCGCGAGCUCGUGUAUCAAUCCGCGGGCCGCGACACAACGAGUGAUUUUAUCAAUGGCCACCCCAACCACCGGCGUGAGUAUCUUGCAGAUAUUCAGCACCUGAGGGUCGAUCACGUGGUGCCAGAACGGAGCCCAGGCGACGGUAUUGGGUGGAACGAGAUCGUGCUGCUGAACUGGGUGUAUAAGCUGAACCUCCUCGUCGAGAUAAAUUCCUCGCCUAUCCGGAAACUUCACCUCCGCCUCCACGCCGAGCUUGGACGCUACUGCGGCCAAGACGUGACACAACUCUACUUUGCUGCAGGCAGCAGCGCGGCAACGUUCCAGCCGCUAUUGGACUCGUCACAAAUCGUCAUCGCUCACGUGGACCGCGGAAUCAUGGCCGAGGUCGUGCCGGCUGAGCUUGCUGAGAAUGCCACGCUCAGGGUCCCUGAUUUGCCACAGCCUGGAGCCUUCCUUACGCCACCGCCGGUGACUGACAUCUUGAGGUAUGCAGACGACGGCACCGAGGCAAGACUCGUGAAGUUUGGAGGGCGCAAGUGCACUGACGCCGGUCUUGCGCAUGACCUGGCAGAGUGCGGAAUUGCGCCGGUCGUGGGUAAGCUCGUGCCCAGCAAGCGGAAGACCGAGUGGAAUCCGUCAGAAGAGGGGGCAGAGAGGCAAGCAGCUGUCCUGUGA